AUGAUGUUAACUUUGUUAAAAUUUCACCGAUUGUCAUCUUCUGUUUUUAACUCUGUCUCUACUCGUUCUACGUCAACAAUUACAAAAGUAAAAAGUCGACUCUCCCAAGAACUUGAUACUAUACGCGAUGCUGGUACGUAUAAACGUGAACGUGUUAUUACAACCAGUCAAAGUUCACAUAUUCGGGUCGAAGGCAAUCAAUCAUCAUCAACAAUUUUAAAUUUUUGUGCAAAUAAUUAUCUUGGUUUAUCGAAUCAUCCAGAAGUUGUGGAGGCGAGUAAACAAGCAUUAGAUCAAUAUGGUGCCGGUUUGUCGUCCGUUCGUUUCAUAUGUGGUACACAAACUAUACAUAAAGAGUUAGAAGCACGAAUAGCCAAAUUUCAUCAACGAGAAGAUGCUAUUUUGUACAUAUCAUGUUUUGAUGCAAAUGCGGGUAUUUUUGAAACAUUACUAAAAGAAACAGAUUAUGUUAUUAGUGAUGAAUUAAAUCAUGCAUCGAUUAUCGAUGGUAUUCGUUUGUGUAAAGCAAAACGGUUGAGAUAUAAACAUAAAGAUAUGCAAGAUUUAGAAAUGAAAUUGAAAGAAGCAACUAUAGCAGAUGAUAAUGAGAAUUUAAUUAAACUCAUUGUAACAGAUGGCGUAUUUUCAAUGGAUGGAAAUGUGGCUAAUUUGCCUGAAAUACAUCGAUUAGCCGAAAAAUAUAAAGCGAUUAUUUUCAUUGACGAAUGUCACGCAACCGGUUUUUUUGGUGCAACCGGUCGUGGUACAGAAGAACAUUUUAAUAUGAUGGGAAAAAUUGAUAUAAUUAAUUCGACACUUGGAAAAGCUCUUGGAGGAGCAGCAGGCGGUUACACGACUGGACCAAAAGAACUCAUUGAUUUGUUACGACAACGGUCACGGCCAUAUUUAUUUUCAAAUUCUCUGCCACCAUCGAUUGUUGCCAGUGCUUUGAAAGCUAUAGAUUUAAUUGAAAAACAUCCUGAAUUACCUGGUCAAGUUUUGGAAAAUACAAAAUAUUUUCGAAAUGAAAUGCAGUCCUUAGGUUUUAAUAUUUUAGGUGAUAAUCAUCCAAUAUGUCCAGUAAUGUUGGGUGAUGCACGUUUAGCAGGUCAAAUGGCUGAAGAUAUGUUAAAACAAUCGAUAUAUGUCAUUGCAUUUAGUUAUCCAGUAGUGCCAAAAGAGAAGGCACGAAUUCGAGUACAAGUAUCAGCUGCACAUACUAAACAAGAUUUACAAAGGUGUAUUGAUGCAUUUAAAAAUGUUGGACGAACAUUAAAAAUAAUCAAAUGA